GUGUUCUUCUCGUCGUCGUCCAGUUUCCUGUUGCAUCUGUUCAAACAUCCCUUUUUUCUGUAAACGUCAGAUUAUGUUCAGUCUUUGUUUGACACUCUGCCUCCGUCUGCGUCUGUGGGCCUCAGCUCUGGUCAUGUUCCCGCCUCUGUUGCCCCUCCCCCUUCUGCCCCUCCUCCUCCUCUCCCCCCUCCCUGGUGUCUCAGUUCCCCCCGGCCCCCCCCUCGCCGCUGCAGGUCCGGUCCUGGAGGGCGGGCCCUUCGUGGUGGUGUGGAACACGCCCACCUCCCGCUGUCAGCAGCGCUUCAGCGUCAGCCUGGACCUGGAGGACUUCCACAUCGUACAGAACCGAGAGCAGAGGUUCCAGGGGCAGAACAUGAGCCUGUUCUACCGGGAUCAUCUGGGUAAAUAUCCGUACCUGUCCAGAGGUGGACGGAGGGUGAACGGGGGACUCCCCCAGCUGGGUCACCUGACCUCUCACCUGUCCGUCACGGUGACUCAGGUGUCCGCUCUGCUGCGUCCUGACUUCAGCGGCCUGGCGGUCAUCGACUGGGAGGAGUGGCGCCCCCUGUGGGAGGAGAACUUCGGACAGAAGACGGUGUACCGACGACUGUCCGAGCAGCUGGUCCGACAGCGGAGACCGGAUCUGUCGGACCGGGACGCGGCGGCACUGGCCCGGAAGGGGUUUGAGGAAAGCGCGCAAAGGUUCAUGGGAGAAACGCUGCGGCUGGCGGUCAAGCAUCGGCCCAAUGGAUUGUGGGGGUUUUAUGGGUUCCCCGCAUGUUUUAAUAAACAUAAAAGGAAAACAGAUCAGUUCUACACCGGCCGCUGCCACAGAGGAACCCGGCAGAAGAACCAGCGUCUGCGGUGGCUGUGGAGGCGCUCCACGGCGCUCUACCCCAGCGUCUACCUCCCACUGAGGCUGGCAGGGUCCGCAGACGCCGCUCUGAUGGUCAGACACAGAGUACUGGAGGCUCUGAGGGUGGCGUCAGCCUGGCGUCCACACCCCAACCACAGCACCCCGGUGUUCCCCUACAACAGACUGGCCUUCACACACACACUCAGCUUCCUCAAUAAGACGGACCUGGAGAACACACUGGGAGAAAGCGCAGCUCUGGGGGUGGCGGGGGUCGUCCUGUGGGGGGAGGUGGAGUUCGCCAAGUCCAAGGACCAGUGUGUCCUCCUCAGGGACUACAUCCACACCGUCCUGGGUCCAUUCAUACGGUCUCUGCGCUCUGACGCCUGCCGCUGCAGCAUCCGCCUUUGCCAUGGCAACGGACGCUGUGCCCGGCGACGCCUCCGGUCCGGUCACAUGUUUUCUUCUGCUUCGGACGAACAUCUACAGGAGCAUUUCAUGUGUCGGUGUUACUCAGGUUGGACUGGACACGGGUGUCAGCACAAGGAAUGAAGGAAACCAGGGAAUAGUCUGGAGUGAACAUUUUUUUGUCGUAGUUUUGUGAAAUGAAGCCAUCAGCAUCCAUUUGGUGUCAACCAAAAAAGAAAGCAGGUAGAUGUUUUUAACCCUUUAAACGCCAUAAAUGCCCUUUAAACAGACCAUAAUAACUCCAGACAGUGUCCAAAUCUGGUUCCCUCCUCCCACCAGUAGAUGGCGGACAUGAGCCCCUUCCAUCCUAACACUGUUUCAGGGCAUGUUUCUAUUCAAAGUUGAACCCUUUCAUGUAUGAAUUAUGAGACCCAUAAUCAAUAGUUUGGAUUUUAUUCCUCUUUAGGCAUGAAAAAAACAAUGCAGUUGAAAUUUUUUAA